UCUUGGCUUCAUUCUACUAAAUUCCUUGAUAAUACCGACCCUAACCUCGUAAACUGUGAUAAUUCCUCUAUAUCUACGAUUAGGAGAAAAAGACGUGGUUGUGAUCAGGUCCAUAGCGGAUGUCAUCUGAAAACAGCAGCUGAAGCUGAGGUAUGGACCAUUUUCUAAGUGGCUUGGACCAUGGACCCAACCCAUGGUAUGCUCCUCGUCCAGCUGUUGCAGCGCAUGGGCAUGAGUUUUCCAUUGGCAAUACCACGUGCCACAGGAGUUCACCACACCAUCUUGCAGCUACGCUCCUCCCUCUCCAAUACACAAGUCCUUCACGACACCUGCAACCCCUUAUGUACUGUAUAGGCACCAGCUCUUUGGAUGGUUCAUUCCAGUUGAUUCCCAUCUCUGGCAGCAACAACCCUACCAGCAGCAACCACAAUACCUACAGCACCACUUCCACACAGCCACAUCUACAGUCGGCCUUUAAACCUCCUGUCGAACCACCAAAGGUGAAGUCUGAGUCUAGAGAAGUGGAUGAAAGGGAUGACAGCAAGACGCCCACUCCCUCAGUAGCUCUCACCCCCUUGUCCACCAACAUGGCUCACCAUAGCCAUAAAGCCAAAGCUGGUGAACGCUGGGACACGAAGAAAGUUUGUAACAUUUGUGGAAAAGUACUUUCUCGUGGUGACAAACUGAAGAAUCACAUCCGAACACAUACCAAAAAUUUCCCCUUCGAAUGUGACGACUGCGGCCAAGGAUUUCUCCGGUCAGAGGGACUUCGUGUGCACAACCGCGUUCAUACUGGGGAGCGUCCUUAUGUAUGUAUGGUGUGUGGGAAGGCAUAUACAAGGAAAGAUAAACUUACUAGACAUGCUAUAGUUCAUACUGGUGAAAGGCCAUUUGUCUGUCAGCACUGUGGCAAAUCCUUUACUCGGAAGGAUAAGAUGCAGCGGCACGAGAUGAUACACAAAGUUGACAAGCCCUUCACUUGUGUGCCGUGUAAUCUGGAAUUUGUACGUCAAGAAACUUACAAUGCCCACAUGGAGAGGAAGCAUCCUGACUGCCUCCCUUACACUGUGGUGCAGCAGCCUCGGUCUGGGAGCCCAGGAUACCACCCACAAGGACUUAAUCUGACAGAUAAUAAGAGUGGUAUCAAACUGGCUCAGAGCAGUAGUAAAUCAUUAAACACUCCUACAUCAGCAAGUGCUACUACAUCAUCAAGUACUGCUUUUCCAAGUGGUACAUCACUGCUUAGUGGUUCAUCACUAACCACUUGUACCUCACUUCCUGGUGGUAGUCAUCUAACAAGUGGACCAUCAGUUUUUAGUGGUACUUCACUUCUAAGUGGUAGUUCACUCUUAAGCAAUUCAUCUCUUCUAAGUGGCACCUCUCUUGCAAGUGGUAGUGGGUCUCAAACCUUAUCAUGAAUUUUAAUACCAUAAAGAAAUUGUUUCUUACAUUUAUGUAAUAGAUAUCCUGUCAUCAACUUGUCAUGUAAGUUUUAUCCUAGAAAUGAUAUUGUCCAUAAUAUAUUGUAUUGUAUCUGGGCUAAGUUAUUUUGGUAGCUUAGCUUAUGUAAUCCUCUCAUAACUUAUUAUUUAAAAUUUUUGGUGGACAAAUUUUACGAUUUUACCAGAAUCCAUUAAGAGGUUUGUGAAAGAGAACAGUACAUGUAAAUUGUUCUUUUUAUAUAUUUUUUUCCUUCAAAUUUAAGGACAAGUUACAUAAUGAAAUUAAAUUUCAUUGCAUUGCCAGAUACUUGAUGUGUACAUCAUGUACAAUGUGUGAAUGAAGUAUCUUCCCAGAUUUGGCCAAAGUAUAAUGAAUCCUGACUGCCCAGCACAGUGAAUGGCAUUACUGGCGAUCCCUUUCAAAGGUUCCACAGGCCUGCCAACUGUUUAUGGGCUCCCCACAUGCAUUUAUCAAAUGGCUCAACCAUUCUGCGAUGUAUUAAUCAAAACCCCAGGAAGAUACCACAUUCUCUCACUGUACCUACGUAUUAUUCUACUGGUUGUCAAGAUAGUUUGUGAGAUAACUAUUAAUUUUUAUUUAAAUUAAGGAGAUGAUAGCCAUCUUGCUUGUGUGAAGAUCACUUGCUAUUCUUAAAGCCCUUGGAGAGAGAAGACCUAAGGUAAAACAAAAAGGGGCUGUUGCUUGCAAAACAUGAACAGUGAUAACAAUUAUUAACUCUCUAAGUCUAUUCACUUAGUUUUUAUUAAUAAUACUUACAUUUUAUGAAUAAUUCAAGAGGAAAUGAUUGGAAGAAGAUGUUUCUAACAACAUUAUGUUUGGAUGACCUCUGGAAAUUGUGAUGGAGAAUAUGGUAGCCUCUAUAAUAACCUGGAGGAUACACUAGACAGGCACUCGUCAUGUCAUGCACUCACAGGAGUUUGUUUGCAUUGUGGCUGGCUGUCAAAACAAAGCUGUGUUGGACCAUCUUGUUACUGCUAGUAACGGUGUUUUUAUUUAAAUGUUCUUUUAUUAUUAUUAUUAUAAUGAUGACUUAUCACAUACAGUAUUAUGUAAGUGUUAGGACCUUCACUUUAAUGAAAUAUAAAGAUAAUGUUUUAGCUGUGUCUUACUUCUGUCAUAGUUCAUGAUCAGAUGAUUUUCUCAAAUUCCUGAAAUUUUUAUAUUAUAUAAAACUAUACUGUACUGUAUAGUAAUAGGUAUUGAAUGGAAGAUGUAAAUCUACAAUAUUAUGAAAGCAAUACAUAAUAACUACAGGAUAUCUUGUACAGUAAUUGGUUUGGUCAGGUUCAGUACAGGAAGUUUGCAGAAUUUAUAUACUGUACUGUAGUUUAACAAAUGUUACUUUUUGUUACAAUUAUGUACUGUAAAUGGCAUACCGGUAUGUGUAAAUGUACGGUGGGUAAUUUAUUAUGUAAGCUGUGAUUGGCUGUAGUGACCUGGUGAGUCACAUGCUGUAAUUUCCUGUAGAAAUUUGCAUACUGGCAUAAGUUAUUGUGAAUCAUGCAGUGUGACUGAUGCCUGCAAUUAAGUAGCAUAUACUAUAGGUGGGCAAGGGGUGACUAAAUUUAAGUUUAUAGACAUCUCAGAGGGCAUUGCAUAGUCGAGUGUCCAUAACUGGAGCUGGUGGACAACCACCCUACUAGGGACUACAGCUCAAUAUUGAAGAAGCCACAGAAAAUUGUCAGGGCAAACUUAUUUGGAGUGAGAAUUUUAAACUCAUGGAACAAACUGCCAGAGUGUGUUGUGAUGGUGCUGAGUGUGAUCUCAUUUAAAACCAAACUGGACCAACACUGGUGCAGGUACAGAAUCAUUCUGGAGCCAGUACAUGCCCAGUACUUGCCAACAGCGUGUAACACAGAUUUGACUUGCCGCCUAAGCGACUAACGAACCAAUAGGUGGCAAAGAGGAUACUAAGAGUAAGUAAAAGAGUCUUACACUGUGAUUGGCUGUAGCAAGCCAUACAGGAGAUGUUCCUUCCUUUGUUAGAUUAGGUGAGGUGAGGUUUGUUUGGUUCACUACGCUUGUUUUAAAAAUAAUUAUUUGUAAGUUUCUCAAGUCUUCUGUGCUUUAAAACCAAAAGAGUUGUGUCUGCGGUGGAAAAAAUUGUGGUUCAGUGUAAGAUAUUCAUGUGGUAUAGCUGAACUAGGACACACCAGGUGAGGUUAAGUCAGUCUAACCAACAUUACCUAAUUGAAUCUUGCAAGCCUUACCAACUUUACUUUAGAGACCUAACCUAACCAAACCUAAAUGUACAUACCUUACCAACCAAACACAAUGGAGAAAAGAAAAUACACCUUUGAUUCACUUCAACCAUUUGUAGUACACUUAAUAUAUGUAACCAUCCGGGGGGGGGGGGGUUGCAGCCGGGUAUGGAAGAGUGGACACCAUGUGAUUGAAAUUAACUAUCAGACUCAACAAUUUUAAGUUGUAUUCCUAGCUACAUGCAUUGUAUAUUUAGGAAAACAAUUUGGUUAAAAAUAAUGAAAAAUGAGAAGGAUUUAGUACAGUGUAUUUGAAUAAGUUGGAAUCUUACUGUAUAAUCCCAUCUACUGUACAGUAUUAUCAAUUCCUAGAGUAAGUGUAUUUGUUGCUGCUCUAUUAUAUUGAAUAUUGGAUCUCUAUAAUAUACUGUAUUAGGAAAUCUCUUAACAAUUGUUUUAGUAAGUACACAGUAAAAAUACUGUAUAAUGGAUGUGCCAUACUGUACUUUCUCUAGUGUUAUGAGUAAUGGUUGAGGUAAAUUAUGUCCUUAUAUAAGUUUUAGGUGUCGGCAGAUGGUACAGCUCCACUGUUUUGUGAAGAAAUGGUGAAUUCUCUAACUGGUAUAACAUUUUACACACCAAACUAGUGGUACCAGCUGGAUGUUUUGACUGCAGGCCUUCAAAUGCACAUAGCUUUUGUUGACCUGUGACAUCACUAUAUCAAAUGACUGUGCCUGCUCACUUGCACUGUAACACUUUAAUUUAUAUGAUACUGAUAAUAAUAUACAUGAAAACAGCUGUAAAAGUUUACUGGUACAGGUGCAUGUUGUGCUUACUGCAAUGUGUCCAGAAUUAAACCAAAAGGAUUGCAGUAUGGUGUAUCACUAACAUGGCAAGAAUGUACUUGCAUUGUAAUGAAAAAUAAAGUGCAAAGGUAGACAAAGAUAAGCUUGAACGCAUAUGUAGAGAAGAUAAGGUGAUUGACACUGCACACAUAUGGCGACUCAUGUGAGUAAGAGAUUGAUAAAAGUAAUUGAUAAUGUAGUGUACAUAAGUCCUCACUUGCCAUUGUUAAUAGUAGUAGACCUCAUGUUGAGGAUUGAAUCUAUUCCUUUGGUACGUUUGUGAAGCAAAGUUCUGUCAUUUGCAGUAUAACUUAGUAAGCUGACUUUCUUCCAGAUAAUUUUUCUGUAUUAAAGUUUCGGUGAAGUGUAAUCCCACAUUUGAUGAGGAAGGAAGUGAUUGGGAACUGUUUGGAUGCGUAGUAUGAUAAGUAAGUCAGGAAUGGAUCUUUGAACUUUUAAGUGACAAUUUCAGUGAUCUGAAUGUUCAGCCACAGUACUGUACUGUACUGUGGAAAGAAGUCUGAUUUAGAAUAAAACUGAUAUUUCAUA